AUGGAUCAGUUAAAUCAUUUGAUCGAAGGUACUAUUGAUUUCGAGGGACAAAAGACUGUUGAAAAGGUUGCUACUGUUGGAUUGACUAUCGGAGCUAUUGUCAGUUUCAUUCUUGGAUACUUGUUUCAAGACAUUUUAUACACAGUUUAUUCGUUUGGCGGGUUCUUUGCUGUUGUUUUACUUGCUACAGUUCCUGCAUUCCCUUUUUAUAACAAGAAUCCUGUUCGUUAUCAGGAAGUUGUUUCUAAACUCCCUGUGAAUAUUCAGAUUGGUGAAGUUAAGAACUAG